CGCGUCCAUAGGAACGGUUUCAUGGAAACGGCUUGACAAACAUUGGUGACCGUUUGGUUUUGGGUUUUUCGGAGCAGCAGAGGACGUCGCCAUUUAGACGCGUUUCGCAAAGCCAUGGGAGAAGUUGGGGAAGAUACUCAGACGAAUCCCAGCGUUUCUAUUUUAAACCCCGAACAACAAGAGAAGCUGCGACAGUUUAAGAUUCAAACGAGAAUCAACAACGAAACGUAUCUGAGAGCCCACCCGGAAGUGGAUGAAAUCAUUGGCGACUUUCUAAGACAUUUGCUGGUUAAAAAGCCAUCCGACAUUCGUGAGUUUGCUGCAGAUCACUUCUCCUCCCUAAGCGAUCCUUCUGACUCUGUAUUGAAAGAAAACAGUGAAACGGAUUGAAAGACCUGAUAACAUCCUCCUCGAACCUUUCUUGAGACAGAGAUCGGAUGUGGAUGGGUUCUAAAUUUACAUCAGUGUUGAGCCAUUAUACUUGUAUUCAUAUUACUCAUUGUAAUAUUCCUAGAAGUGCCUCAGACGAUUAAACUGAUGUGGGAUUGUGAAAGAGGAGGAAUUCCUGUGAACAAACAGUAUUGUUUCCAGAUUUAUUUUUGUCUCUUGUUCAACUAAUUGGCCUUAUUUUAAUGUGACUUUGUAACAGUUGGUUUGCUGCCUUCAUUUUGCACCUUAACUUAAAACACAAAUAAACUUGGGGAAAAGAAA